GUGCGCGGUACAAGUCAGCGUUCUCUGCUAGGCUUGCUGAGGAAACCCGCCCUCUAGUGGCAAGGAUGCGGAACGUCCAUGUUUUCAUUUGCUUUUCUUUGUUUGUGAAGAACGUAAGCAGAGCUCCGCUGGGUCGAAGUCAUCCCGGCAGCCUUAGCCGACCAGACGCUGCUAAGGAAACCUAGGAGCAGGGCGUAAAUGUCAUGGCCCUCCUCCGGUCUCUUCCCACCGCAUUGUUCCUUAAAUGUACACUACGCAGCUCACCUCUCGCUAUGCUGCCUCUUCAUGCUAGCCUACCUUGCGGAGUUGCUGUGAAGAGAAAAGAGAAAGAACCACGUGUCCUGCCUCGAGCUUCUUGGAGUAAAGGCAGGACGGAAAUAAUUCAACAUAUUCUGUGAGUGAAUUCCACAAGUUGACUAUGUGUUGUGCAAAGUACUUCUUUUGUGUCUCCUGAAUCUUUUUUUAAAAAACAUUUUUAAUUCAACUUCAUGUCAGCAUCUGUACACAGUUCAUUGCCUCAGUUAUAUUGCUUCUUGCCACCCCAAACUCCGACAUUCCAGCGGUCCCACAUUGCACCAAGCCACUUAAUCCUCCUCAAUCACCAAGGCUAUCCAAAACAUAAGUUCCCUGAGGGACAGUUCGCGAAACAAAACAAUUACAAUACAAUAAAAAUGAGUGCUGUAAAAACCAUUACAAACUAAAAACACAGUUAAAACCCAAGUUCAAAAUUAAGAGGGCCGUGCCAUAAUGAGACACAAGUUGUUUAAAAGCACUGAAUAAACAAGAUCCACCUGCAGCAUAAAAGAGGGCAAAGAUGAGUUCAGGCAAACUUCUGUGGGAACAGUGUGACGUAACCAAGAUGCCACUACUAAAAAGAUCCUGUCUCUGGUGGUUACUCAGCUCACUUCAUUUGGCAGCAACAAUUGGCCUCUGGGAAAGAUAAUAAGGUUCAGAUAGGUACAGAAGGUAGAUAAGAGGGUACAUAAGGUACAUUCAGGUAACCUGAUUUAUGAGAAAGAAUUGCAAUCAGCUUUUUUUUCUUCCUCUGAGUUAAAUAAUAGAUAUGCACUUUGAACAAUGCUGUUGCCGUAUGAACAUCAUGAAUAAAAAACCCAGCACAGCACAUUGGAGUGUGAACACAUUCUAAGCCUCAUUGAUUUGAAUGACAUUUCUUGCCAAACAAGGCUUGUAAUCCUACUCAUGCUUAUUUGUGAUUAAGCUCCACUGAACUUGGAGGAAUUAUUUCCAAAUAAACAUUUAUAGGACUGAGCAAGCAAUAAGUACAUUUAGGAAUGUGGACUUAAAUUCACCUGGUUAGGAUUUUUGGUUUGGGAAGGGUUGUUUGUACAUACAUGCAUGACCUCAAGGGGGCAUCUGAGGGGGGAUUUACAAACAAAUCUUGGGCGUGUUUGGUAGAAUUAUGAAGAUUUACAGCACAAUCAUGAGCAUGUUUACUCUGUUAAAAAAAAAAGUCUCACUGUGUUCAGUUGGGUUUACUCCCAGGUAAGUAUGCAUAGGAUUGCAGUCUUAAUAUACAUAGAUGGAAUCCUAUACAUGUCUAUGCAAUCAUAUCUAAGAAAUAGCAGAGGAGAUGCACUGUGUUAAUAGAUUUUUCUUCUAAAAAUGAGUAUUGAAUAGAACAGCAGCAACUCAAGGGCAAGACGGCUGGAAGAAAUUGCUGACAUGUAUUUCUCCCUCAUUUGGUGGGCAAGGGAAUCUUUCUUACGUUGUUCAAUUUGACCUUUAAUCUAGACUCCAGUGUCCUUUUCAGAUGGCGUUUAACUGAAUAAAUGGUGAAGAGUACCUCUCAGCAGCUUAUCACACACUUGUGAUUUCCUUUUGUGGACUUUUUAAUUUCUCUUUAUGACAUGUACUUCUUUAUUUUGCUCACUUAAUUUUUAGUGCAUAAUGUCAAACUAUCAGUAUGAAUUAGUGUAACACAUUAAUCCGUUCCCUUCCUUGCUUAGGCUGUGUACAGCUAUUUGCUUGUCAUAAAUGCAUUUGUUCAAGUUUCUUCCCUGUCAGAUGCUGUUUAUUGCUGAUUAGGAUUUCUAGUCAAGCUUGAUAAAGAGAUGCAUAAUUUUCAAGCUAUAUCAUCUUCGCUCUUUAAUUUAUUACACACAUUUUGCCAUUCCUGUCUCUUGUACUUAGAGUUAAAUGCAGGAGGUCAGCAGCACAGUGCUAGUAGGUGCAUCACUUACAAUUCCUUUGGAAAGCCAUGCUGAGACUGUGAAUAAGCGCUUACACUUCUUAUGGUCUGUCGUACCGUAUCAGCAACAAUGUUGAGAUUUGUUAAUUAGCAAGACGGUUGUGGGAAAAUUGCCUGUGUCUUUGUGUCUCUGAAAAUUGACAUUUCCGUUGUUGUUAGUCAAACCACUAUGAUCUAUGGAAGAAUUUGCUAGCUUUUGUAGAAGCUUCAGAACAGAGGCAGCUUUAGCCCAGUGCUCUGGGAAGACCCUCCCACACAGUUGGUAUUAAAAUAGCCCUUUUCAUAAAUACUGAAAGCAUGUCACAAAUAUUGUCUCAGCAAUCUUUACAACAUUCUCUAAAAUAUGCCAAUAUAAAUAUGUAUUGCAGAUUGGAGCCCAAGCCUCAGUGGUUUGCUAAAGGCCACACAACAGAUAUACAACCAAGCUGAAAUUUGUGUCAUGAAUUUCUGCCUCAUAUGUCAUGUUCUUCAUUACAAUAUCAUACCAACUCCACUGUGAAUGUAUUGGCCCUACAACUGUACGCACACUAUACCCUUAAAGCACAUUCAAAGCAUAUUUCCCCUCCCUAAAGAAUUCUGGGCCUUGUAUUUUAUCUCUCGCAGAAUUAUAAUUCCCAGCAACCCUUAACAAAUUACAGUGCCCAGUAUUCUUUGAGUGGAACCAUGUGCUUCAAAGGUGUAGUGUGUGGGGAGGGAGGCAUGGAACUAAGAGUGCAGAUCAGUGGCUGCCAUCCUUUGGGGACCCAUGGGCAUAUAUACAGACUGAGGAAACUUCUCACUACAAACAUUGCAAGUAAGUGCACACCACAACCCAUUCUAUUGGCUAAAUAGAAGGCUUCUUUCAAGUCCAAACCUCUGGAUGACCCCACUCAGCAGUUUCAUGUAGCUAUUAAACAACAUGGGAGAUAAAAUUGGACCCUGAGAAACCCCACAUUGAAGGCUCCAUGGAGCUGAACAGUACUCCCCAAACACCUGGAAAUGACCAUCCAAGUAGGACCAGAACCACUGCAAAGCAGUGCCACCCACUACUAACCCAGACAGCACUCCAGAAGGAUACCAUGGUCAGUGGUAUAAAAACCACAGACAGGUUGAGGGAAUUAACAGGGACACAUUUCCCCCACCUCUCUCCUGACAGAGGUCCACAUAUUGGAUGGCCAAAACAGUUUCUUUGCCAAAAUUGGGCCUAAACCCCAAUGGAAAUGGACCUGGAAAAUCACUUUAUUCCCAAAGCGCCUGGAUCUGGCCUGCAACCACAUGCUCGAGAACCUUGCCCAAGAAAGAGAGAUCAGCAACUGGCCGGUAAUUGCUUAGAUUUUCCAAGUCCAGGGAGGGUUUAUUGAGGAGUAGUUUUACCAUUGCCUCCUUCAAGCAGGCAGGGACCACCUCCUCUCUCAAGGAGGCAUUAAUCACCUCCUUGGCCCAGCCAGCUGUCAUCACCCUGUUAGUUUUUAUCAGCUGAGAGUGGCAAGGGUCCAGAGUGCAAGUGGUCACCCUGACCCUUCCAAGCACCGUGUCCAUUUCCUCGAGCCUUAUAUCCAUGUCCCCUGCACCGUGAUCUAUGCCAAUGGUUUUCAACCAGUGUGCCAUGGCACCCUGGGGUACCUUGAAUGAUUGUCAGGGGUGCUAUGGGCAACACUGGCCUCUGUCCCUCUUUCCUUCCCUCCCUCCCUCUGAUGCCUUCUCGUGUCUCUGCCUCCUGAAAGCUUUCACAGUUGUUUAUUGCAGCAGUCCUGGCUAUAAGCUCUGCAAGUGACUGGUACCUCUGAGAGACACCUCUCUUUGGGGCGGGGGGGGCGGUCAGCUCAGAGACCAGGGACAGCAGCAGCUGCUGCCCGGAAGACUCCCAAGGAGAGGGGAGAGGAGAAGAGGCUGAGGGGACACUCCACAAGGGAGGGUGUUUGAAAAAGGGUGAGAGGCUGCCAGCUCUGCUGGCAAGGGGUGGCAUAACUGGGUUCCUGAGCCUCAUAGGGUUGACAGAGAUUGAAUAAAGAAGCCAUGGACUCAAAAAGGUUGAAAACCUCUGAUCUAUGCCCAUAAUCCUCAAAGCAUUUGGUGGGCAUGAUAAUUACUGAACUCAAUAUAGGAGCAUGCUUGAACUUAUUCACACUCUGUAUCGUCAAGGAAGCCUGAAACUGUUACUAGCAUUAGCAGUUCCUUGUUUUGAUGUUGCUGCAUUGCAUCACCAUAACAACUUCAGCAUUACAAAAUACUGUAGUCCUUUCGGAUCAUAGUUUGCUGGCGAAACAGAUUGGAGUGCCCAUAAAUAAACCUUGCAUUGUUUUCCAAAAGAGGCAAAGUCAGUGCUACAGCAGGUGGGAUUGCAUCCAGAAAGUGAGUGCUUUGCAUAUACAUUUACUCAUGAGAAAUAAGUCCGAUUUUGUUCCUGCUUAUUUCCACAUAGCAACAUAACAUUUUCAAGCAAAGGCACUGGACCACAAACUCUUGAACAACGAGAAAGAUUUAUGGCUGACUUAAUUUGUUUGGUUUCCAGUCAGGCAGUAAUGCUUCUUUUUCAGUUCAAAAUCUGUGUGGAUCUUAUCUAAAGCUUUAAAAAGUGAGCAAACAACAUCUGCUGAUACCAAAGUGGUACAUGUUUUCUAUAAACUAUCUGUUGUGGGGAGGAAUAAUUUUUAAAGAAAGGUUUGCACUAGUGAUUAAGGAAGCUUGCAAGUGUGUUUACUGUAUUAAAAAGUAAUUUCUUUACCAGUGAACAAUUAAUUGCAUUUUCUGUCAAUAUAUGUUCUUAAUAUUGGUUCAUAUGUAGCUGCAUGUACAUAUGAAAUAAUGAAUUUGACAGUAAAACAUCAGAGAAGUGAAAUAUAAUGGGAGGAGAUAAAUGAAUGACAAAUGAGCCCACUAUGUUCUCUUACCAGGUGCAAGGAGUUUUAAAGCAGCCCAGUAUAAAAAGCACUCCAAGUUGUAUCUAGACUUAUAGUGCAAUCCCAUCCAUGUCUAUUCAGUAGCAAGUUCCACUGAAUUCACUGGGGUAACUUUAAGGGAAUCCUUAAAUGUUUAUGAAUUUAACUGCAAACAAUGCAGUUAAGCAAUCAGGUAAUGUGGCUAGGUAGGCAGCAAGUUAACUAAGAUGCCUUGCUCCAAGGCUACUAUCUGGAAAUGAAAGUUGUAUUGAAAACCAGGACGUUUUCUUCUGAGUAAACAUGCUUAUUAUGACCAGUGACGAUACUACAUUGGCUGCCUAUUUGUUUCCAAGCACCAUUCAAAGUGCUAGCUUUGACCUAUAAAACCCAUACUCACACCCACACCAUACAUUAAAAACCUUUCCUCAAAGAAUCCUGGGAACUGUAGUUUGCCCUGGGCACUGGGCACUAUAGCUCUUGUGGGCAAACUAGUUUUCAGGGGGAGUGUUAUCCAGAAUGCCUUGUUUAUUCAGAUCAUCUAUUAAGUCCCUACCAAUCUGGGAGUGCAAUGCACUUCCCAUAGAAAUCAGUGGCCAAGCUUCCACUGACACGAAUGGAUACACAUUUACCCAGUUCUAUCUUUUCCUCUGAUCUAUUUCAUCAUUUAAUGCACUACAAUCUCUUAUUGCCUCACUGAAGUUUCUUAAGCAAUGUUAUCAAUGAUUCUGAUCAACAAAAUAUACUUUGCAAGAGCUUUUAUUGCUAGAUUAAAGCAAGUCUCCAUGUGAGAGGACAGCAUUAAUUAAUGUCAGUAAGAGCCAAACUAGAUGCAACACAGGAGGUGUAUAAUCAGAUCUCCUGAUGUCUUUCUUUGUUGCUUAAGAGCAGCUGUGUGAGAGCAACAGAACUCAGAUUUGAGCUGUAGCAUGAUGGAGAGUGGGAUUUAUGCAUCUCUUUGCGCUGUUUGUUCAUUUUAAAUUGUCCUGUAAUUAACCAGGGUGCAAGCAGGGAGACCAAUAUCCAUAUUUUACAGCUACCCGUGUUGUACAAAAGAAAUGAGUGUAUUAAGCGCCACAGAACAAAAUAUACUGUAUAUUGUACAAUGAGCAUACUAAGGAAAGUAGCUCACAACCCGUACAUGUUCCUUUGCCUCAGUUUGUGUGUGUGGCCUUAACCCAAACUUGAAUUCUGCUUUGUUUAGCUGGAAGAGCACCACCUAAGGCAAAUGUCAUCACUUCUCCAUCCAUCCAGAGUGACAGAAACACCUCACAGAGAGCCACUCCUUUACGUCUCCUCAACAGUGGAUGGUCACAUCUUAUGUGUUGGCCAAGACGGAUUGGUUUCCAUUUGGAGUGCAAACUUAAAACUGAAGAAAACCUCUCUGAUUCUUGUGAGUUUAAGAAGUGAGGUAUUAUUUAAAUACUGUGAUAUUUACUGAUAAUAGGUGUAAGAUCUUCCUACUGAGGCUAAAAUGAAAAGGAGAUUGCUUUUCUGCUGUCCUAACAAUCAUUAUCAUUCUCUCCCAACACAUUCACUCAUGACUGUAUUUCUCAAAAUGAUGUCAGCCAAGUAUAAUUGUGAUGAAAUUAACUCUGACAAAUAUAUAUAUGCUUGUCUCUACACCGAACCAGAUGGAUUAAAGGAUGAUAUGAGUUAUGUGGGUCUAUGGUAUCGUCUAAGGCAGCCUUUCUCAACCUUCGGUCCUCAGAUGUUGUUGGACUACAGCUCCCAUCAUCCCUGAGCGCUGGUCAUGCUAGCUUGGAAUGAUGGGAAUUGUAGUACAACAAAAUCUGGGUUGAAAAAGUCUGGUUUAAGGAGCCAAAAGGUUGAACUCUAUGAAAUACGAGAAGUAUUUUAGCAGACCCUGAACUGGUAAAUCCACAAAGGUUUGGGAGCAUACCACUUAUGUUCUUAACGUUCUGCCAAAGGAUCAAGUAAAACACAUGCAUGCACAGAGGCUAACAUGCAGAAGGGUUCAUAUGCCUGUUGCUAACAAAAGGUGCUGCCUUCAUUCUGAAAAUUGUGGGAUAACCAGCCUCAUAUAACCACCAUGCUUAAAUGUAAUUAAUGCAUCAAGGGGUUAAGGCCAUUGACUAAGUUGUCCUGCCAGACUUAGCUCACCUUGGGAGGGACUAGGUAAUCAAGCCUUUGUUCCCCCUCACUCUACCUGAGAAGCACAGCAUGUGAAGAGGCUAAGCUGGGGCAAUCAUUGGCUCUAACAAGCCACUCAAGUUCCUAUACCAAUAAUUUAGGAACUUUCACUACUGUAACCAAGCCAAGUUUUACUGCCUGUGCAACUUUUUCUGAAUGCUGUAUAGAAAAGUACACAAAUCUGACCUUUGGAGAGUUUGUAAGUAAACCAUUUAUAAUUCACCAAACAUGUGGUCUUUUUCUAUACUAGGGGAAGUUUUGAAACUCACAAAAGAAUAUCAGCCUAUAUUUUCACACUUUACUUUGCUGCAUGUUUAGUGAUUUUAAACUUCAGCUGAGGUUCUGUCACCAAAUAAUACUUGCCCCAAACCUGGACCCUGGCAUCCGAGGAAUUCUCCUUUAUGUAUUUAUUUUUUCCACAGCACAAAAAAAGACAAUGGGCAUUUGUUUCAGAAGGAUUAAUAAAAGGCAGAAAAGAAGAAAAAGUGAGGAAACGGGGGGGGGGGGGGAGAUGCAUAUAAAACAGGAAACAGAACGAUAAAUUAUCAAGCAAGUCAGAAAGCAAUUUUUUAAAAUCCCAGGGACAUUAAUGAGGAACUCCACAGUGUGAAACAGUUUGUGUGUAUUUCCAUAAGUGAAUAGAUUAUGAACAUAUGGAAUUAAUGGGCAAUCUCUGUUUAGCUAAAUAAAUCAAUGCAUUUUAAAAUUCAGUUGGCCAAGAGGGCAGCUGACACCUGGCUGCCCCCUUAAGUGGGCUGGGGGUGGGCUGCUCGCAGCUCCAAGCCCCAGCCUGUGAUUGUGUGACCGGCUACUGCCUGCCCUUACCCGAGGGUCCAAUGCAGCUGGAGGUGGGCAGUGUCAGCCAUCCCCUCCCCCAGCAACGCCUGGAAGAUGGCAGCCUCCCUGAACCCACCACGGCUGCGCCAUGCGGGAAUGGCUGCCCAGCCAGACUCCCAGGUGAACAGAUAUUUUACUCUGUUAAAAGUAGCAAUUACUCCCAGUAAGUUUUUGAACUAUUUUCUUAUUUAUUUGGAGAUUUCCUUAUUUGGAGUUUGAGAGUUCCUUGUUCGAUUAACAUUUUUAUGUGCCCAUUGUAAGCUGCAACUGCUUUUAACUUGGUUGUUGGUUACAACCACACCAACAAAUCACAAGUUUUUUCAUAGGUUGUUAUAUUCAGGGCUUUCUUAUUGCUGCUGCUUCCAUUAGAACAGCCUCUGGCCUGGUUCAAAUACAAUGCUAAACCACAGUGUGAUUGAGUCAGGGGGAAGAGGCAUGUUAAAGCACUGUAGUCUGUUAAUUUGGCUGUAUUUUGGGGAGCGCCAGGCUAUUUUUUCCGCUGGAUUCUGCCCCAAAGCUUAUCAGACUCGGCAGCUGAAUGAUGCACAUCUGCUGAUAAAUGAGAAGGUGGCAGCACAUCCCCAGGCCCCUGCUCCAGUGGCUGACACAUGGUUUUAGUAAACUGUAUUUUAUUAAACCAUGACUUUGUGUUCUAUGCGAACCUAGCCCAGCGGCUUAACUAUGGUUGAUAUAUUUCAGUUUAGAUCAGACUUUUGACCAUGUUCUCUUUUGGAGUCUAGGAUGAAAAUGAAAACAAACUACAAAACAGGAGGCUAAAGUGGGUUUCCGACUCUAUUUUAAUGGCCCAUUACAACAAGCUAAUUAUUGGAACCUGGUAUGUAGUCAAUUUCUGGGUUUCUAAGUAUGAUGAAUAUGCUACUACCAUUUGAAAAGUGUCACAGAAAUUUCACAAAUUUGUUCAUAUUUAUAUAAAAUGUGAACAGCAAACAAGGAAGAGAAAAUUGUAGGCAACACACCUUGUUUGUGUUGAUGUUUUCUUGUUUCAUUAUGGUUAAUGCAAACUAUUUAUAGUUUGCUUGGAGUAAAUAGGCAGUAAACUAUAAGGUGCUGUUCCAGGUACAAGCCACAGGACUCAGCUAUACAGCUGCAAAGAAAACGUUUUGAAUGUGUUGUAAAUUGCAAUAUACAAUUGUGAUACUAGAUGGAGAUGGUGAGCUAUAGCAAAUUCAAUGAGUUUUUCAAAACGAUAAAAAAAAAGAUUUUCACAAUGUUUUAAACAUGUGUGCAGAUUCCACCUGAGUAUCUGUGAGUCUGCUUCAGAAUAAGUGUCCUGUAGGUAUUUCAGUGUUAAUUCACUGCAGGAGCAUACCUGUGGUGCUAGUGCUGACAUUUUGGAUUUUUCUGUGGUUGAUUUCAAUAUGGCAGCACCCAUUUCAGAAACAUGGAGAUUCAGGAGAGAAAUGGUAUUGGAGUCUCUUGGAGUUCUGUGGCAAACCAGGAAUCUUUUCUCAUCCACACUCCUUGCUCUUUAGACAUCUAUAUAAUUCAGCUGAUGUCAAGUAAAGAAAACAAAUUAUUGUUGUUUAAUCAAUGCUUAAUCUGAAUCCACCAUAAAAUGCAAAAUGAAUCUGUUGAGUUUUGUCUAACGCAAGAACUAAAACAAGCUGUUUUUAAAUCAAAGGUGGAGUGAAAAUUGUAGUUUAUUAACAUCAACUGGCGUUAAAAAGCAACAUUUACUGGGCUUUAAAAGUGUUUAAUUAACAUUGUGUUUUACAGUAACAGAGAGAUACGACUCUAUGAGCUCUCCAACUUGGAACCGUAUUGCCAAAUUGUGGCCCUUGAAACAAUGCCUCUGUGUUUGGAUUACAGGUAUAGUUUGGACUCAACAGUCUUACCCAAAUUACAUCCACCCAUUCCCCAGUUUAAAUACCUUUCCCGUGAAUAUAGAAGAAAGAAGACAUAUAGUUAUUUUUUAUUUCUAACAUUUCCUAUAUUAUAUUGAGCUCAGAUGAGACUAAAACCUAUUUAGGAGCAGAAAUACAGAAUUAACGCCAUCAGAUUAACUGCAGUUCUUACUCUGUUGUAAUAGCAAUGGAAAAACAUACUGUUAAAUUGUGGGUGAACAUGUCAGACGACACAGCGAUUCUUUAAACAGCUCUUCUUUAUUCAGAUGCCAGAACAGAACUAGGCUGAGGAGCUCAGUCAGCCUGCUUAUAUAGAGCUCCAGAACAAUGCAACUGUUUCCAUUUUCUAAAACUAUCCAAUCACUGAACGUCACUUUUCGAUCCUUCAUUUGCAUAACUAUCUAUAGUAUCCCCCUGCUGGCCCAGGGUGAGAACUUCAGCACAUAACACAUACAAUCCAACUGCCUCUGUUUACCAGGGACAGCCUGUCCUUUCUUAUGCUUGUCCCAGUUUUUCUCCUCUUUUAUGCUUCUGGGGACUCUGCUAUACAGCUGCAAAUAAAAUGUUUUAAGUGUGUUGUAAAGUGCAGUAUACAAAUGUGACACUAGAUGACGAUGGUGAGGUAUGGCAAAUUCAAUACAUUUUUUCAAAACGUUUUUUAAAAAAGCAUUUUCACUGCUUUUUUUUUAAAUACGUGUGUGGAUUCCACCAUGGAGAUGCCUUGUUUAAAAUUUCAUUCAUGGAAGCUCUUCAGGGUUCAGCUCUGCCCCGCCAGCAUUUCUAGAAGUUAGACCUCAGAGCGGGGGAAUAGACCCAUCUUGGCUUUUGUACACAUGUAUUAUUCAUUGAAUUUGUAUUCUUCCUUUUCUCCAAGGAGCUAUGUAUUAGCUAUGAUCAGCGUAGAAGCUUUAUUUGAACAAAUUACAGACAGGUUGUAUAAUGCUUUUUCUUCCUGUUUAAAGUGUUCGGGGAGAAGGUGAAUGCGUGAUAUCAUAUGGUGACGAGCAGGUAUGUUGAUAAGGUCUGGUAUGUUUUAAUUCAGAUAUAAACUGAGAAAAUGGCACAGCUAGAACUUUCUGAGUUUUGCAGUUUGUUUCUAAGAAAGGUAUCCACAACUUGUAAAAGUGAAACACGCAAAAUAUAGGUUUAAAUAUAAUCAGAGAUAUUUUUUGCUGUUGGGCAUUCCCUGCAGGAUAUAGACUACCCUCCUCCUCCUGUUCUUUUAAAAGGUAAAGGUAAAGGUACCCUGACCGUUAGGUCCAGUCGCGGACGACUCUGGGGUUGCGGCACUCAUCUCACUUUAUUGGCCAAGGGAGCUAGUGUUUGUCCGCAGACAGCUUCCGGGUCAUGUGGCCAGCAUGACUAAGCUGCUUUUGGUGAAACCAGAGCAGCGCACGGAAACACCAUUUACCUUCCCGCCGGACCGGUACCUGUUUAUCUACUUGCACUUUUUGGUGUGCUUUCGAACUGCUAGGUGGGCAGGAACUGGAACCAAACAACGGGAGCUCACCCCGUCGUGGGGAUUCGAACCGCCGACCUUCUGAUUGGCAAGCCCUAGGCUCAGUGGUUUAGACCACAGCGCCACCUGCUGUUCUUUUAACCAAUAGUUAAAAAUGACCUUAGGCAUAUGUUGUAGUGGUAAUAAUGCUGAUUAUAAAUCUGGGUACUGAUAUGGUGGCAUUCUGUUAAAUACAGGGCUGUGUUAAUAUCCUGUUGAUCAGUUCUGUGGCAGAAACACUGAGGUACGUGACAGUUUGACCAGGCCUAUGUGGAUUUUAACACAAAGUGUUACCCUAUUCCCAGGCAAUCUUUCAUCAUCUCUGGCAUCUCCAGAGAUGGGAAAGACUGUAAUCUAAAAUGCUGGAGAGCCUCUACCAAUACUGAGGUAGAUGCACCAUGCCUUGCUUCAGAAAUGGCUUCCCUGUAGUCCUUUAACAAAAUAAAUAAAUGGUCAUAUCCACACCAUACAUUUAAAGCAAAUGACUUAACCUAAAGAACCAUGGGAAUUGUAGUUUCUUAAGGGUAUAGGAAUUGUAGCUUUGUGAACUUAACUUCCCAGGAUUAUUUGGAGGAAGGGGUCCAUGUCCUUUAAAUGCCCAUUAAAUGUGUUUUCAAUAUAAGGUGUGGAUGUGACCUUCCACUAACAUGGCUGCAAUCCACACUGGAUGGGUUUGGAUGAUGUGGAGUCCUCAAAAAAGCAUCACCAGCCUCUGCCCACAGAAUGAUGUCAAGUUCACUCCUCUCGUGUGCACUGGUGGAGGAAGAGGAGUGCAGGGGGAGCGCACCACCCCUGGCAGUGUGAUCCCAGUAAGGUAUCAUCGCGGCUGCUCCCCAGCCUGCGCUGGGCACCCCGCCCCUAGGACGUGCGCUCUGACCCUGCGGGUGGCAUGCCCCACCCCCAGGAUGCGCACCAGCCCCGUCCCUGCCUGCUCUCCGCCCCCCGGUGCUGAAAGAUGAAGCUCCACCACUGCUCGUGUGGAGCUCCCAAUUCUGCCCACCCAAAAUUGUGGGCAGAAGAAUUCCCACCAGCGGUAGCCCAUUCUGGAGGUAGGGAGAGUGACAGUUAUUUGCACAUUUGUUGACACACUUUCUUAAAGCUCCUUUAAAACAAAACAAAACAAAACAAAACAAAAUCUAUUGGGGCAUUAUUGCAUCAAGACAAACUUUACAAGAAUAAUUUCCUAGAUUGCUAAUUCAGAAUAGUAUGUUUGGUGGUGAAUCCGAUAUUGUCUGGGUUUCAUACUUCCAUCCUAACAGUGUGUGUGUGUUCUGAUAGGAAUUGGACAAAAUAUCCACCCGUGGAAGAAAUCCCAACCAUUUCUUCCAAUGCUAUUUAUGAGCAAGAAAGUAUCACCUUCAUUCGCUGGAAGGUUCAUAAUGACUGGGUGACAAAGGUAAGAGAACUUCAGACAUUUGUGCUGUCUUCUACAUGUUCAGCUACUAUCUUCUUUCUGUUAACUGUGAAGGAUUCAGAUAAUUAUUUCCCAUGAGCAGGUGGGUGCAGUUGUUUGCAUCUGCUUUGAAGAGGUUUUUGAGCAGUAUUCUUAUUUCACGAUCCCACCAUAUUAUUUGUAAGAUUAUUUCUGCACAGCACAUCUUACCUCACCUGCUUUUGGGAAGGUUGUACUUCUCCUUGCUUUCCCAGAUUUGCCUUUGUUGCUCCAUGGUAUUUGCCUGGGAUAUCCUUGGGACACUCUGAAUUUCAUAGGAUUUUCCUUUGCACACUUGCUAUUGCAGAUUCAAUAUAUCCCUUCCACGGAAUCCAUCAUCUCUAGUUCAAAUGAUGAUUGCACUGCACUGGUUAUAGGUAAGUUGGGCAUUCUCUAGCAGAAUAAACAUGUCAGAAUUUGAAGUUGAAGUAAGAUUUGCUAAAAGAUAGCGGUCAUUUCUCCUUCACUUUUUUUUAAAGAGGAUAGUUUAUUUUAGUUGAUCUCAUUGUUAUCCAGCCUAUCUUCCAAGGAGGUCAGGGCAACAGAUGUGCUUUCUUCUGCUCACUCUCUAUUUUGUCUUUUCAAAAGCACUUUCUGCGUAGAGUAGCAAGAAAGAUAGGGACCGACCUAAGGACUCAACCAGAGUCACAUGACUCAAAUGGUUGAACAAUGUUUUGAACCCAGGUACUCUUGGUUGUAGUCCUCAUUCCACUAUGUUAUUCCUCCCCAACAAAUGUGCAGAAAAUUUGUUCAUAGGAGCACAAGAGACGCCUUACACCAAAUCAGACACCUGGUCUAUCUAUCUCAGUAUUGUCAACAGUAAUUGGCAGUGGAUCUCUAUGGUUUCAGGUCAAAGGUGUUUCCCAGCCCUACCUGGAAGCUCCCAGCAGUGAACCUGGGAGUAGAGAUGGAAGGAUCAGUUCAGUCAGUUUCAUUUCUCUUUGUUUCUCAGUUGCGCACCCCGGAAAUGAUGUCUUUCAGCUUCUGCCUUCUGGAAGAAGGUACAGGGUUAUAAAGACUAGGCCAUCGCCUACCCCUUCCUUUUGGGUAUUCCGUUAAAGGAAUCCGGCGGUCGUGGAUCCUGUCCGAUGCCCUGCUGUGGCUGGGGGCCAUGGCAUGACCCCUGGUGACAUCAGGGGAGAGCUUACAGUUGUAUUUGCAUCAACAGGCUCCCCCUACUGGUGGUUAACCCCUGUUAGACUCGCCCCUCCUUGUGGGCGGAGUCGACUGUUGGUGUUCUUCCAAUGCCUAAGCCAAUACCUCUCACAUGCUGUAAUCAAUAAAGUUGUGGGCUCUUCUAGCCCAUUAACCUUUAAAUCUGUGUCCGUGUGUCUUUCUUAUCCACAAGCGUGGGGGGAGGGUCCUCGAAUCGGUUUCUAUUCAAAUGCAAUUUUGGUUUUAAACGCAGUGUAAGGUAGUCUCUAUGGGAGUAUCUUGUAUUUAAUUAUGGGGUAUCAGAGUUUUUAGAGGGUUGACCAGGCUGGGAUAGCAGGCUUGUUGGUUUUUGAAUGUCUGAUGUAGAUUUUUUCAAUUUCGUUGUUCUGUAUGGGACAAUGACAAUAAAGAUUAUCGUAUCGUAUCAUGUCUCCCAGUCUUAAAUUCAGUUGUCCACAUUUUUCAGCAAUUUGCAGUUUUCCUUCUUAAUUGUUUUUCAUGAAAAUUCAUCAGCAUUUUAGUAUGAAUUUCUCCUAAUAAGCACACUUGCCCAUGAAGUUUUGACUAAUGUGCACAUUUUUGCAAGCAAGUUCCCUAAUAUAUGCAUUUUUGUAAAUAUUCCUUGGUUGCAGAACUGCAUUGGAUCAAUGCGAAUUUUGAAGGAUAGCUGUGUUUCAGCUUGCUUAUUGUUUUGGAAAGUGUGAAUUUGAUAGAUUUGGCUUUAAAUGCACACUGAAUCGAAUUUCUCUUCCCUGGCGACCUGGAACUUUGCGUGGAAAGCAUAUUCUCUACCACCUGAGCUUACAGCCCUUUCCUAGGAAUGGAAUCAAUUAUCUCUCUACCUCGAGAGCUUUCAGUUUGUCUUCCUUCCUUUCCCAUGCAACUCUUCUAUUUUCUUGUCACAGGUUACGUUAGCAGAACCAAAAAUGUGAAGCAUCGCUUGAAAACUCUGAUGGGUUCCAGCACUGUCAGCCAUAACAAAUUCGCCCCACCAGCUACUGCUUCUCCAGCAAGGCGCUUUCAGUGUGAUGAAUCUGUUUUUAAGGUGCACAAAGGAGUCAAGACCUUUGACUUCUGCAGAGAAAGCAAUAUUCUUGUGACUGGUGGUUUGGACCGGAAUAUCCGUCUAUGGAACCCUUACGUCCCUGGGUAAAUAAAGCUAAAAUGGGUUAAAACUUGCCUAUUUCUAUCCUUUUGCUAGCUGAUGGCUUUGAGGUAUUUUUUUAAAAGCUAUCAUCAUGUUGUUUCAAUGCAAACAUUCUUCACAGAGGAGCAAAUCUUUGAAGAAUAGUUCCAAACCGUAAUGUAUAUAUGUGCAUGUGUUUGCAUCUGCAGGCUCUUAGGUUUCAGCCCUAAACAUAUGUAAAAGUGAAAAUACUUUGUGGUGUGAAUAUAAGCCAUCUCCAAAUAUAGACUUUACCCGUAAAAUGAGAACCCUGCUUCUCUGUCUUAGCCCGAUUAUAGGGCUUUAUAUAAGCCACAUUGGUGGGGGAGGGAAGUGCAGCCUAUAUUCAGACCAAUAUGGUAAGUCUUUUGGAUGGAUGCUGCUGUUGUCUAUAUACUGUGCAUGUUGCUUCUACACAGAGUGCAUCAGAACAGGGCCCUGCCCUGAGGAGCUUACAAUUUAAAUAAAAAGAAUAGUGGAGGUAGGGAAGCAGGUGGUUGACUCAAUGACAAUUAACCUUCCCCGUGACAAAGUGUUAUUAGAUGGAUUUCACACAUGCCACCCAAAAGCACUUCUGAGGCGCUCUCAUGCUAUUCAUGAGCAUACAUGGCAGACAGAAAUGCAGUUUUCAAUGCACUUUUAAAUGGAUUGGUGGUUGUGCAGGAGGUAUAUUCACAACUGCAUUUCAACCUUACUGUGAAUGGAAGUGCUCAUAACUGUCAACUUUCCCCCUUUUUAAGGGAAAUUCCCUUAUUCCUCGCAAGAAAAGGGAAAAGUUGACAGCUAUGGGAAGUGCUUUAUCUUAUUAAUUUUUUAAAAAAUCUAUAGGCUCUCUGAUGCUUGAUUGCUGAGCAAAUUACUCCUAAGUUAACCAAAAAUAUGUUUGCCACUACACUAGGUGGCCGAUUGCAAUACUGCGAGGACAUACUUCCCCAAUUGGUUUCCUAUGCAUUGCUCAUGGCAGUACAAAUAUUUUCUCAGUUUCUCUGGACAGCACCAUCAAGGUAAGGGUUUUGAUCGGCAACAAACUGCUUGGUUUAUUACUACUACUACUACUACUACUACUAGUACAGUUUGUAUACCACCCUUCAUCCAAAGACCCCAGGGCAGUUCACAACAGAAAGAUGCAAAAUGAGAAUACAAAAUACAUAAUAAAACAAAAACAAACCAAUAACCUCAACCCACAAACACAUAAAAAAGCCAUAGAAUGUUCAUCAGUCAAAUAAUAAUAAUAAUAAUAAUUUCCCCAGCCACUCUGGGCGGCUUCCAUAGAAACAAAAAAUACACUAAAAUAUCACAGAUUAAAAACUUCCCUGAACAGGGCUGCCUUAAGAUGUCUUCUGAAUGUCAGGUAGUUAUUUAUCGCUUUGACAUCUGAUGGGAGGGCAUUCCACAGGGCAGGCGCCACUACCGAGAAGGCCCUCUGCCUGGUUCCCUGUAGCUUUGCUUCUCGCAAUGAGGGAACCGCCAGAAGGCCCUCGGCGCUGGACCUCAGCGUCCGGGCAGAACGAUGGGGGUGGAGACGCUCCUUCUGGUUGAAGAGAAACAUUUUUGCCUGGCACCUGAAGAUAUGUAAUGAUGGCACCAGGUGAGCCUCCCUAGGGAGAACAUUCCACAAAUGGGACAGAAUGUCACCAUAUGACCACAUAGCCUGGAUUCUGUGGAUUGUCUAUAAUAAGUGUGUCUAAGUAUGGAUCUCUGUGUGCUCUGCCACUGAACUAUCAUGCCUCCUCUGCUUGCAUCAAACACAGAACAAAACCUGCACAUCCCUGCAAAGGUUUCUUCAGUGUGGUAUCAUCUGCAAUUGCCAUGGUGUCAUAUGAAAUUGCCAGUCAUGCUUGUCUCGUGUGCCAGAUGGCCUAUUCAUCGCAAGCAAGGAGUCACUAUAAUGUCCGGGGGUGGGGGCGGAGAUGUCACAACUCGGGCAAUCAGACACACACUGAAAUAUUUGCAAAUGUAGGUUUGGGCUUUUCUCUCUGUGUGUGGUUUAGAUUCCCAGAUAUAGGAUUUUGCAACAUACGGUCUACCUAACACCUGAAACCGGCAUGGAAUGUUUAGUAGUGUCAGAGUCAGUGAUCAGUGCUAAAAAGUAGAAGGAAGGGUGGAUGGAGAUAAUGGUAGCCAUAGAAUUAAACCUCUGCACAAGCAGCUACCUCUUCCUAGAGGUACAGUUCGCACUUCCACUGUUGCAAUAUGAUUGCUUCUCAAUUUGCUAGAAAGGAAGUAACAGCUGGAGGCUUCCUUAGGUGUUCGGUGAAUCCAUUUUUCUCUCACACAAUUUUAUCCACAUGUGUUAUUGAACAACCACAAAGUGCUAAUAGGUCUUAUCAGUCACAAAGAAUGGCAAAUCACUGUUUUCACUUGUAAGAUUUCACUUUUCUGAAAGUUCUGCCUCAUGGAGCUCAAAAUCUUAAUAUCUUAAUACCUGGGAAAGGAUCAGGGGAGAUAUAUUUAUACAGUGGUGCCUCGCAAGACGAAAUUAAUUCGUUCCGCGAGUUUUUUCGUCUAGCGAAUUUUUCGUCUUGCGAAGCACGAAAUCCCAUAGGAAUGCAUUGAAAUACAAUUAAUGCGUUCCUAUGGUCAUAAAAAUUCCAAACAAAGCCAAAUUUGGUACAACAAGAGUUUAUUAAGUGCUCUUUAAAGUCACACAUACUGUAAAGAGCAUUUCAAAAACUGAAGGAACAAUAAAAAUCAUAAAAAUUCAGAAAAAAACCACACAAGCUCCCAGAUUCUUGCAAACCCCUCCUCAACUGUUCCCCCAGCCACCCACCACACAGAAAUUCAAAUCCAGAAAUAAUAUAAAAAAACAGCAGAGUGGCCCAAUGGUCACAGAAAAUCAUAAAAAUGCAGAAAAAAACCACACAAGCUUCCAGAUUCUUGCAAACCCCUCCUCAACUGUUCCCCCAGCCACCCACCACACAGAAAUUCAAACCCAGAUUUAAAAAAACAAACAAACAGAAGAGUGGCCCAAUGGUCACAAAAAAUCAUAAAAAUGCAGGAAAAAAACACACAAGCUUCCAGAUUCUUGCAAACCCCUCCCCAACACCAAGUCCUUGAAUUCCAAACACCCCAACCCAAAAUCCAAAACCCCCAAAAAGUUUUAAAAGUUUAAAUUACCAAUUGGCGGCAAAAGAAGUUUUGGAAAAGCUUCAAAACUCACCAAGUCUUCAAAAACCUCAAAAAAGGCUACCACAUCGCGUGCUAUGAGUUGCUCCUUGAAGUCAAGUCGCAACUGCACCUCUUCAAGCAAUGCACCCUGGGUAUUAACGGUUUUACGAAAAAGGAAACAAACUUCGCAAGACGUUUUCGUCUUGCGAAGCAAGCCCAUAGGGAAAUUCGUCUUGCGAAGCAGCUCAAAAAACGCAAAACCCUUUCGUCUAGCGAGUUUUUCGUCUUGCGAGGCAUUCGUCUUGCGGGGCACCACUGUAUAUUGUGACAAUCUCAGGAGAUAACUGGGCUGAUCAAUUUAUUUUUUCAAUCAUUUACCAUGGGACAGUUUCUGUGCUAUCAGGGCAAUAGAUUUGUGAUAUGGAUGACAGCUUUUCUGAACUCGUAUAUUUCUUCUCAAAGGUCUGGGAUAUUGAAGACCAUUCCUGCCUCCUCACAGUUAUGCCCAAAGCCAGCCAAAUCAGAGGGGAGAUGGAAGCCUGCUACUUUUCACCUGACUUGCGAGCACUUUAUGUUGCAGCUGAAACUUUUGGGCUCCUACAAUUCCAAUAUAAGUAGGCAAACAAUAUACCAAUCUGCUGUAGACAUUGAGUCAAGCACAAUCUAUGCAUAGUUCCUUCUAUGGGCAGUGUGUUUGAAUGUUACUAUAUAAAAUCAAAUGGGUGGUGACCAAUACAUUGCUCCAUGUAGAAGAGACAUCAAAAACACAUAUGUUAUGCGAGCACUAACUUGAACAGCAUUUUUUAAAUCAAAAUUUACUAUAGAGCAGGGUUUCCUAAACUUGGGUCUCCAUCUGUUUUUGGACUACAAUUCCCAUCACCCCUGUCCCGCUAGCUAGGGAUGAUGGAGGUUGUAGUCCAAAAACAGCUGGAUACCCAAGUUUGGAAAACCCUGCUCUAGAGCAAGGCCCCCCAACGCCACUGCCUGUCAUUCUCGUUUUGACACUCGAAGUGGUCAAAACAUCACAAGCAAAUAAGAAGUCCUGAUUAUGGCCCCACGUGUAUCUCUCUUGGAUUUAGAUAAAAGCAGGGUCAGAUAUUUUCCUAGUCAUGUAGUUCUCCAAGACAUGGCAUUAAAAGAACUGUAAGUGCCUGCCCUGGAAAAUAUACUGAGAUUAAAACAUGCCCAUAUGCAGGCCAUUUUCAGAUGACUGGUUUGUGAAGCCAUGAAACAGUGCUCUCCUUUGCCCCUUCUCUCCUCCUGCUGCAAAUCCUUGUUUGCAUGAAGCCAGAGUUUUCUGUUGCAUCUGAACCAGGGAGCUCUGGGUGAGUGUUAGUAUACAAACCAGGAAAGUGAAUUGUUACCUGGCAUUAAGGUAGAGUGUCCCCAGUUUGGAUGUAGCAGGAGACUCUGGUUUAAUGCACAUCAGGAGCUUCACACUAAAGCUGGGUCACCUAUCCUAUCCAUGGCACUCAUGCACAGCUUCAUAAAUCAUGGCUUAUGAACCCUUGGAUAAUCAUCUGAACACAGCCCCAGUGUAUUUCUCCUCUUCGUCAUCUUGUGUUGUUUUCUUUUUCAGGGAGAAUCAGAACCAAGACUCAGGCACAUCCCAUAAUAAGCCUAUCUUUUGCUGCCAGUAUAACCAGCAACUGCAGCAUGUGAUUAGUUGCUCAGAAGACUCCGUAAGUAACCCUGAGACUAUGACCCAGUUUGUGUGCAACAUUCCUGGCAUUACAAACCAUCAUUUAUUAGCCAUAGAAGUAGUAUCAACCCUAACCCUCUUUGCCCUUUCUUUUGCCUUGCUUCCCCCUUUGUGCUGGCUUCAGAACAUUGAUCCUGGCCUCUCUAAACUACAGCUUCUCACUAUGUCCAAAAUUGUGGCUUAAUAUCAAGUUACUAACUAGGCUUUUACAACUGUGGUUUAAGAUCUUGAUUUGUAAACCAACUUUAAGACACAGUGCAUCGUUUCAGAUGUCAUGGAGACCUGUAACUAAAGCAGACCAAAAUCAAAGUGCUGAAGUUGGCACAUGAAGGGAAGCAGCAUUGGUGGAGAGCAUGUGGGCCUAAUUCUCAUUCCCAGUUUAAUAAACUGUGGUUUAUUAGUCCAGAAAGGCUAUGUCUGAAAAGGUCCACUGUGGCAAUGCUGCAUGAAAACCCUUAAACAAUUUAAAACUUGUUUGGUUUUUUGGAUGUCAGAAAUACCUGCUCUCCCUAUAGGAAUUAAACAUAUUAAUAGUUGUGGCAGAAAUCACCUUUCUGGGAUUUCUUGCCAUACCCAAGUGGCAGCAAGCAGGGCUUGAAAAGCCAGCUUUAGGAAAAAGAGGUGGGUUCUGAUGCCUUUACUCCCUGCUGUCCCAGUUCAGAUGAAACUUUUGCAUCUUCAACAGUUAAUGCUAAUUUUAUUCUGAAUUUUAGAAAUAGUUUAUAGGCAUCUUUUCUUGUGACCUUUAAGCUUCCUCAUCUCCUCUCUUUAUGCUUAUUUAUUUAUUCAGCAUGAGAGAAGAGAGAUCAAUCCUCAGUUCCCCAUUCCUAUCCCUUUUAUUUCUUCUAAUAGGUUAUAAAAGUGUGGGAUCUUAAAACUGGACAGCUGAUUGUUAAAGUGUGUGAAGCUCACGGAGGAGCUGCUGUAACUUGCAUGGCCUUAGAUACCAUUGGAAAGAGGUAUUCAAUAUCUAGUUAUCAUCAGAUUAACAGAAUUACACCUUCUCACCUCCAAAUGUCACACCUCCUCCACCAGGGUUUUGGAGGCAAGGAGGUAUAAUUUGUUGAGGCUGGCUUGUGUCGUAUUUGUUGCUAUUUUCUGUUGUUUUAAUUUAUGCUGUGUUUGUACCGAUGUCCUAAUUGAUUGUAGAAAUAGGUACUGGUGUGUUUUAAUGCUUUGCACACCGCCUGGGGACUGUAUUGUGUAGGGCAGUGUAGAAAUAUAUAUGCACAUGCACUUGCAUCCAUGCACACUCACAGAGAUAGAUAUACAAGAGCAGCCAGCAGGGAGGGGGGCAGCAGCGCUUACCUGACCUCCCAGGAUGUGUGUUGAUUCAGCUUCCUGGAAGGUGGAAGAAUAAGGGUGCAAGGAGGUUGAAUGCAUUGGUACUGCACCAAUCUCCCCGCCACCUUGUCCCAUUGCCUCCUGGAAAGCUGUGGAGAUGCUUCUGGCAGGUAGGUACCACCAGCCACACCUACAGAUACAGGUAUAGUUGAGUUGUGUUCUCCUUACACCUUAUUAUGAUAUUCUCCAGCUGUCAAACUUAAAGCUCUUUCAGAGUUAGUUUAUUUGGAGGGAGGGUAAUAAUAUCCAGGUAGGAAAACGUUUCUGAUGCAUUCAUGGAAUGAGCAGAUGUUAAGUUUAUCAAUGUCUGCUCUGUUAUCUAUGGGCACCUCCCCCCACUCCCCGCCCUCAAGCCUACUUUCUCACUAUUAGCAGGUCUAGGGAGUUCUUGUCAGCAGGUCCCCUGUUGGGAUGGUGAGUCUUCAACAGAUGCCCAACCAUGCCAAUACUUGAUCCUGAGCAUCAGAAGAUUGAUGUAGAUAUAUGUGGGUGGGAAGCAUCAACAAUGCAGUGUUCACAGCAUGAUCAGCAGGAGGUACAAAGCCAGUAAGCUGAAUAGACAACAGUUUUACCAACAAUUUUCUAUACUGUCAGUUGUCAUUAAUUCAAUUGCCAGUUUGCAAUUCCAUUACAACGAACAGUUUCCUCCUGCUGUCUAGGUUGAUCACUGGUGGUGCAGAUGGCAGUCUGAAGAAAUGGGAUAGCAGCACCCUUGGAUACAUGCAUACCAUUAAGCAAGGUAGAGAGCUAAUGGCCAGCCUCUUAGUUUCUCUGAUAUUUUGCCAGCAACUGCAACAUGAUCAUCAUUUGCUCUCUCUUUUAGCUACCAGUUCAGCUGAUGAAGUCACUGCUUGCACCUAUGCUGACCUUUACGACAACAGGUACAAAGGAUGUUGUUGUUGUUGCUGCUAUUUUAAAAAUGAAAAGCAUAAAUGGCUAAGAAAAUACAAGUAAGCAGGGAAGAGGUCUAUACCGAAUGAUCUUAUAAGAAUAAUUUGGAUGUUUCAGACAAUUCAGCCAGUUGAAACACACACAAACUCUGGCAGCAUAGAAAAGUAUUGAACCUAUCAUGGAAUCUCCUGCAGUUAAGGCAAGUUAUCCAAUAAGUCUUCAGGAAAGACUGUGCAUAUUUUGUAUGUGAUUUGCAUGGGUGUGGAACCUGUGGCCCUGCAGAUGUUGCUAGACUCCAGUUACCAUCAUUCCUGACCAUAGGCUAUACAUGUUGGGGCUAGACUUGAAGUCCAACAACAUCUGGGAAGACACAGAUUUCUCCUGUGCACACUUACUUGGCAGUAAGGCAAAUAAAAAAUAGCGAGUUUUACCUCUGAGUAAGAAUUUUAUGGGGCAUACUUGCAGCUGAGUGUUUGGGUUUCCAACCUUAGUGUUUUAAACUUACAGUGGCACCUUGGUACUUGAACGGCUUAGUUGUCAAAUAAAUUGGCUCCUGAACGCUGCAAACCCAGAAGUAAGUGUUCCAGUUUUCAAACGUUUUUCGGAAGCCGGAUGUCCAACACAGCUUCUGCUUGAGUGCAGGAAGCUCCUACAGCCAAUUGGAAGCUGUGCCAAUUGGGUUUCAAAUGGUUUCGGGAGUCAAACGACUCCUGGAAUGGAUUAAGUUCAAGAACCAAGGUACCACUGUAGUGUGUUUAUAGCCCUUACACUUGCUGAAAAUAAAUGUAACAUUUGUGAAGGUGGGUAUAGGUAGAUUAAGGAUGAUAAAUCAUGCCAGUCAGCGCAUAAUAAGCCAUUGUUUAGCUUCUGGAUUCUUGUAUACAUAUGAAAAUCAGUGAUGCCACACUGCUUAUGUAGUUGUUUCCUUUUGGGAUUCAACACAAAAGGGGUUAUAUUAGAAUUGGCUUUCCUCUUUAAAUAACGCGUUUCAAUUUUUUAAAAGAUACAUCAUCUCUGUUGGAUGGGGCAGGAAGAUCAGUAUUUUCCUAGUAAGUAUAAAUUAAUGUUAAGUUUAGUUUCUCCACUAUAAGAUGUUGGGAAGGCCAAAAAUGGGAAAUUUUAAGUGUUCCACAAUGAACUCAGUAAGAAAUUGGAAGUCCAGAAUAACUAUACCAGCAUUGUGCACCGAAAGAGGACAGGCAUCUAAUAUGGAGAAUGACUUGUUCAGGAUAAUGGACAUCUGUCUGAGCAGGUUUCUGGAAUUUAUUUUGUCCAAUCAGUUCAUAGAGCUUUUCCUUACAGCCAAUGACUUCUUUGAGUAGUAGGAACAGUUCCCAUUCCCUCUUAAUACUGCAGACAUGAACAGAAAGUGUGGUGUCUAUAUGUGCAUAAGUAUGACUGGUUUAUUGAAGGCUAUUAGUAAUGACAACUACAUGUUCAAAGGCAGAAUGCUUCUAACAAAUGCCAGGGAGCACAACUGGGAGUGGGGUGUUUCCUUCAAGAUAUCCCAUGUAGGCUUCCUCGAAGCAUCUGAUGGGUCACUGGAGGAAGUUUUGGGGAAUGAUUGUAGCUCAGGGACAGGGCACAGUCUUUAUGUGCAGAAAGUGUUAGGUUCAGUCACCAAAUAGGGUUGGGAAACACUUCGGCCUGAAACCAAGGUGAGCUACUGCCACAAUACACAUCUGGUUGGAUUGAUGGUGUGGCUUGGUAUUUCCUAUGCUCAUUUCUAGUAUGAUGACAGAUUAUAUGGACCUUUGGUCUAACCCAGUUGGCUGUUAUUAUGUUUCUAAUCUCUAUUAUAUGGCUCCCCCCCCCAAAUCAGAAUUGUCUUGUGUCAACAGCUAAUCCUGCCUACCCCAUGGAUGUAAAUGAAAGGCAAAGUUGUCUGACAAUAUUUUUCAGUUUCUAUAGCUUCAGCAUUGCCUUUUUCUAGAAAUAUGAGUAGUACCAGUAGCACUGCUUUGACAUACAUUAUUAACCUAUGUUUAAGUAAAAAAAAUAUUUUGUUUAUCCAUAAAAGAAUUAUGAAUCUCUAGAACCAAAGAUGGAACUGAAAUUUUUUUAAUUUCAGGAUAUUGAUGAUGAAGUCGUUGAAGGAUCAUACCCACAACUGGACUGGAUUAGAAGUAUGGUAAGACAUUAACUUGCAGUGAGAAAUGGUAGUUAAACAUGAAUAAAAGUUGAAAAGAUUUCUAUAUGAAUUUGCUUAGAGCAGGGCUGGGCCACCCAAAUGUUGCUGAACUACAACAUCUGUUAUCCCUGCCUAUUAGCCAUGCUGGAUGGGACUGAUGAGACUUGGGAGACCAAUAACAUCUGGAGAGCCAGAGAUUCUCUACUCUUAGUUUAGAGCAUAAGAUACACCCCAUGUGUGCUUGAUAGGGCAAUGACGGCAUGAUAAUGACCACUUUGCCAUUGCACCAUGCAGGAACAGGGCCACAAGGACGAUAUUUUAUGUGUAGCUUCGUGUCCUCCACAUUUCUUGGCCACUUCAAGUUUUGAUGGUGAAGUUCUCAUAUGGAAUCUGGUAUCAGGACAUCUCUGCAGCCGUCUUCAUGCUGUAGACAGAGCAGCAAGGGAAGGAGAAACAGGUGAGUAGGAUUAGACCUUUUGCUGUGCUAAAAUAAACGCUUAAAAGAACUCACAAGGUGUGGUGAGAGAAGUGAAAAACGAAGAAUGUACAGUGUCAGUAAUGAAAAUGUUUUUAAAAUGGAUUUCUUGUCUGUGCCACCACAAAUGGUAAAAAAAAAGGAUCUGUGGUAACUGGAGUAAAUUGCACGGUGGGCUACAACCACUGCACAAACCUAGCUGACCAGGCAAUAACCACUUGGAAGACAUUUAAAUAUUAUUCUGUGUGACAGCCACAGUAUGUGCAAAUUCCAGCCCCCAUUGCUGUUGCUACAUAUUUUAAAGGGGAAAGUGGCUAUGUUGAUACACACAGGGGUUUUUUUAAUCUGGGUCUCCAUUUCCAAGUACAAAAUGUUGAGUUAAAAGAACUUAGACUCCUAAGUCAUUUGGUGUGUUUUCAAAUCACAAGAUGAACCAAGUAGAUUGAGGAAGCUGUGAGCAAAUUUUACUAUGUAACAAGGUGCUACACCUUUACCUGACGUACGGCAACAUCCUCCCACACAAAACAAUUAAAGCCACUCUCCAAGGAGUGGUAAUCAUAUGCACAGGUGGCCUCCAUCUGCCUCCACUACUGACACCAGUCUCCCUGCCUGCUCCCGUAGUUGGUAAUGUGCACUAUCUCAAGCCUGGACUGAGGGGGCUUCAUGUGAGAGUUUAUUGUGGGAGUGCAGAGUCCACACAGUGGAAAUAUCACCCAAUUGCCAGCCUCUGUGUACCUGCAGGUAUAUGUACCUGUGCCAUCAAUUGCGGAUAACACCUCAUGCAUCCAAUGAAGUAGCCUGUUGCCCACAAGAAUGUAUGCUGUAAUAAAUUUGCUAGUUUUGACGGUGCCGCAAGACUGUGUGAGAGAGGAAGUGUCUUGUGGAGUCUCCCACUGUACCUGGGCGAGCUGGGCUUGGCUUUACAGAUUACAACACUGAAAUGCAUUGCUGACAAAUACCCUGUGCUGGUGUGAGAUUGUGGAAAUACUUUGUGCUGGAUUGUGCUGGAAAUGCUUUCAUGGUUCGUUUUGUCCCCUCCCAGAGGAUUUAACCAUCAAUAAAAUCAUUUUCCUCUUAUCAAGGCUGGAAAAGAAGAAAACAGCUGCAAUGUUAGUGGCUAGUGGACCUAGAGGUAAAGACAAACGUAAAAUAAAUAAAAAAGUAAAGAGUGUGGGGCUGGGGUUCAGAGGCCUGCAUAUGCUCAGAUCCCAUAUUCUUUUCACGGCUCCAGGUGCUUACCAAAAACCUGCUCACAGAUUGGGGAACCUUUCAAAAUGGCUGCCAAUGCAGUGCAAGGGCUGCAGUCCAAAGGGUGUUUCAGGGCCAGGCUAGGCAGGACACCAUUCAUACAACCAUCAAUUGUGUGAAAGGUUAUUUGGGAGGCUGGGGGCUUGCAUUCGUGCUGCAUUCCUCACACCAUACAUUUAAAUAACAUUGUUUCCCCACCCCCCGAAAUCUGGGAACUGCAGUUUACUCCUCACAGAGCUAUAAUUUCCAGCACCCAUAACAAACUACAGUUCCUGGGAUUCUUUAGGAGAAACAAAGCGUUUUAAAUGUUGGUGUGGAUGUGAUCCGAAUAUUGUCAUUGGGAGAGAAAAAAACUCCCAUUGCAGCCAUUAGAGCUUUCCUCCCAAUCCAAAUAUCAGGCAAGCAAGGCAGGGAGGUGGGUGGGAACACCCCGAUGGCACCUGAGGCUGUCAUAAGUUGCAGCACUUGUGACUUUGAUGGUGCAGCACCGUGGCCAAGAGACUGAGCUACGAAUCAGAUGGAGCCCCCAGUCCAAAGUUCACCUCUGCCAUUAACUCAAUGGCUUUAGGUAAGAGUCUCUUCCUCUCUCCUUCAGCACCCCACCAUUUGCAGUAUGGGAGAGAAUAAUCCUGACUUACUUUACAUGGUUACUGUAAGGAUGACAAUUAGCUAAUGCACAGGAAGCACUUCGAAGCACCUGAAAAUGAUACCCAAAUACAAAAUAUUAUUAAGAGGAUGUUGUUCAACCACUGACACCAUGUUAUCAAAAUAUGGCAAUGCCGCUUAAGAUUAGCACUGUUGAAAGAAGCAUUCAUAUCAAACAGGCAUUUUAGCAAGAGAGAUCCUUUCUUAAGAAAUUCAACUCAAAUUUUUUUCCUGCAUAUUGAGAAGAGGCUUUAGAAAUGUUUAAAUGACUUGCAUCAGUACCUAGAUUUGUGGGAGGAUGUUACUCUGUAGAAGCUUUCUGAAACUGUCUUAGUAUAGAACCUAUUGUGUGACCAUUGUAGGGUGAGAAUGAACAUUUCAGUACAGAGAAAAAAACCAGAGGUUUCAGAGUUUCUAACAGAAAGCCAACACUCCCUGUUGAUUUAAAGCAGAGUCUCUGGUGCCCAGCGGAAGGAUGAGGAAAAUGUGUUACAUACUCCAUAUUGCUUUAUUUACAGUUCAAAGCUGGUAUAUUACAGAAAGACAUCUUGCCUCUGCAAGAUGCAGAAAAAUGCAUCCUCUCUCCUCAACAGCUCGGAGAGAAACACACAGAGUGAAAAACAGGAAACCAGUGUACGUCACAUCCAGUCUCCCUUUCCCGUGAGAAACCCAACAGUACAGACUGUGGAAUGUAAACACCUGUCUCAUGACAAGCAGUUGCUGCUCAGUGAAGGAAAUAGAAACCAACAUCCUCCCCCUUUCUGUGAACAUCACUGGGCAGCGUGUUCGUACAAUAUCAGUACAAACCCAACUUCGGCACAUAGGUACAGUGUUGAGCCCUUGAUACAAUCUUGGACAAUACAUCAGCAGGAAUUUCAUUACCUGGCAUAUAGGACACCGUUACGAGUCCCUUCUGAAUACAUUCCCUAGCAUGCUGCAACUUUAAUUGCAAGUGCUUUGUGCUUUGCUUACAACCUUCAGACUUGAGCAAAGCCAAACAUGCUUUGUUGUCCUGGUAAACCUGGAUUGGACAUUUGACAGGAAUUUUCAUAUCUUUGCACAAUUGUACUAACCAUUCACAAUCCUUAAGUGAAUAAGACAGUGCAUUCAGUUCGGCUUCACAAGUACUUAAGCUAACUGUUGUUUGCUUCUUGCAUGACCAAUCAAACAGACUCUGAUUGUACAUGUAGCAAACUCCAGACGUACUUUUCCUGUCUGUAGUGUCACUUCCAAAACUUGCAUCUGCAAAUAUCUCAAGACCACCAGACUUCUGAUUGUUAAAUCUCAGUCUGUAAUGCAUAGUGCCUUUCAAAUACCGCGCUAUGCGUUUCAGAGCUUUCCAAUCCUUGACACUAGGAUUGUUGACUUGUCUGCUUAGCAAAUUACAGCUAACAGCAAUGUCUGGUCUUGAACAUCUGGCAAUGAAGUUUAGCUUGCCUAGCACACUCCUGUACAGUGUAGUGUCAGAAAAUGCUUUUUCAGUGUCAUCUACCUGAUAACCUGUUGUCAUCGGUGUGUCUACAGGGUUAGCAUCCAUCAGAUUUAGUUUGCUUAACACAUCAGCAAUUUUCCGUGACUGGUGUACUAGAAUGUUACCAUCUUGAUCUCUCUCUAUUUCCAGAGAUAGGUAGUUGUUUACCUCACCAAGAUCUUUCAUGUCAAAGUGCUCUUUCAGUUGAGCUAGGGCGCUAUUGUACAUUGCAACAUCUUUCCAAAAGAAUAAUAAAUCAUCAACAUAAAACAAACAGUACAGUUUCUUUUGCCCCUCCUCUUUGACAAAUACACAUGGAUCAGCUUUCCCUUGCUGAAAACCUUGAGAAAACAAUACUUCAGUGAGUUUUGUGUGCCAACACCGUGCACUUUGUUUGAGACCAUAAAGGGAUUUCUUCAGAGCACAAACAAAUCCCUGUUUUACCUGUACGCCAUCAGGUGGAAGCAUAUAAAGUGAUUCAUCCAGAGAUCCGUACAGAAAAGCUGUAUUAAUAUCAUGGUGACUAAUGUGUAGAUUUUCCUCUGCAGCUAGCUUGAGCAUAAGCCUAAUGCUUUCAUAUCUCACUGUGGGUGAAUAGGUCUCGUGAUAGUCUUCACCUGGUACCUGUGCAAAACCUCUGGCUACCAAUCUGGCUUUGUGUCUGACUAUCUUGCCAUUUUGAUCUGUCUUCGCUUUGAAGACCCAUUUGCUUCCAAGCAGUUUCAUUCCUGGAACUACUGGAACUAGCUCCCAUGUUUUGUUCCUUUCUAAGGAAUCAAGCUCAGCCUUCAUGGCAUUUAACCAUGGCUCAGUUUCCUUUGAAUCCAAACCCUGGAUUUCUUGGAAACUUGAAGGUUCAAAUACCUUCUUGGAGCUUUUAACAGCUGUUACUGCUAUCUUAGCAAACUCAUCAGCAAAUCUCUUUGGAGGUCUGCCUUUUGUGGCUCUCUGUGACCUACGAAUUAGCCUUAAGUCUUCAACACUCUCCUCUUCCUUCUUAGGAGAAAACGACCUAUUGUGAACAAUGGUUCCUCCAAUUCUUGAUCAGAGCUUUCAGAGGGUCGCAUAGAGGCUUUCGCACUCUUGAAAUCCUCUGAAUCACCCGAUUCAGUUUCAGAUUCAGACUCAGAACCUUCAUCAGUGGGUGUGGGUUGUUGUGGUUGCUUUUGACUAUCCUCAGUCUCAUCACCGUCAUCAGGAUAACAUUGGAAAAUUCCCACAUUCUCCCCCCACUUUGCAUUGUACUCAACACUUCUCGUGAGCUUAAUUGUCUUAGAGUCAGUCAUCAUUAUUCUGUAAGACCCUUUCUGAUAACCUAGAAAGAUACCAUGCAAUCCACGCUUGUCUAACUUGGAGUUUUGUGGUGAGCGAACCCACAUGUCAGAACCAAAAAUUUUCAUGUGUUUGAUGUAUGGCUUCUUGCCAAACAUCUUCUCAUAGGGGGUACAUCCAAUCGCUGAAGAUAACCUGCGAUUGUAACUGUAAACAAAACACGAGAGAGAUUCGGCCCAAUAACUCUCUGGAAGAUUGGCAUCAUGCAGCAAGGUUUUUAAGCCUUGAAGCAAUGUCUGAUUUGCCCGUUCCGCAAGUCCAUUCUGCCAUGGCGAGCGAGGACUAGACAAAUCGUGUUGAAUUCCUUUCUCAGUCAGAAAAGCUUCAAACUGCUGAGAAGUGAAUUCCCCCCCGCGAUCACUGAAAAGAGUCUUUAUCUUCUUACCAUGCACAUUUUCCAACCAAGCACAGAAUUCCUUGAACCUGGGAAAAGCCUCCGAUUUCUGCUUGAGAUUGUACACAAAAAUAUAUCUAGAAAAUGCAUCAAUGAGAACCAUGAAGUACCUAUUUCCACCCAAAGAGGGCGAUAGUGGUCCAACCAAAUCAGCAUGAACAACCUGGUAUGGUUCUGUGGCUUGCCUACUAGACACCUUACCUUUCGCAGCCAUUUUCACCUUGUUUGCUGCGCAUGCUUUGCACUUCAUGUGGUACCUGCAGGGUUUAAUAGUCAUACCUUCAACCAAGGCAGGCAUUUUAGAUACUGCCUCAAAAUGCAAAUGACCAAAUUUGCGAUGAAAAUCGUGAAUACAUUCUGCAUGCAAACUUUUGUUAGAACCUGCAAUGCAACAAGUGUCAUCCUGCACCACAUCAUCAUAAUACAAAACAAACAAACGAUCAACAUAUUCUGCAUGCAAUACAUAAUCAUUUUUCUUUGUGAUGAUGCACUUCUUGUUCUUGAAGGAAACGUCAAUGUUCCGCUCAUUCAGCUGUCCAACGCUGAGCAGAUUAUGUUUGGCGUCUGGCACGUAAAGCACAUUCUGUAUCGAUAAGUCCAAACUGUGAAGAACAACAGUUCCGUAGCCUUUACUGGGAAUAGUGUGGUCAUCCGCCUGGUGAAUCGCACCUUCCUGCGGUGUAAAAGACACAAACAGUUUCUUAUCGUUGCACAUGUGGUGGGUGGCCGCUGAAUCAACAACGAAGAAAGAUCUAGACGUCUUCUGGACCUCUGCAACCUUUGGAGUGAAGCGUGAAACCAUAGCCUUGUGCUGCGUUGUCCUAGACACCGGACCUUUGCCUUUGCCUCGGCCUUUUCCGCGCGAUGAGCUUUCGCUGCGCUGCUCUGUCUUGGCCCUGGGAUGUCUGCAUUCCCUCUUCAUAUGGCCUAGACGUCCACACGAGUAGCAUUUCACUGCCUUCAAAGCUUUGGCGCCAUCUGGUGGUUCCACUGCACUAUGGGAUGACGUCUGUGAAGACUCCCCUUGCCCAUGCAGCCAGCACCCGGCGAUCUGCUUCAUUUAAAAUCACGGCAGUAACAAAGUCCACUGUCAGCUGAGCAGUUGGUUGCACAGCAAUCUGGGUUGCAACAGACUCCCAACCUGAACCCAAAGAUUGUAGUAUCAUGAAAGAAUACACAGCCUCUGGAAAGUUGAGUCCUCUCUGUUGCAGCUCAUGUCUCAGAUUUUGCAUCUCCAUCAGAUGUAAACGUACAUCUCCACCUUCAGCAAGAGCCAUAUUAUGCAGCUUGUUAAAGUAAAGCAUAGUUGAUCCAGCUUCUGUCCUUAAGUGAGCCUCUUUCAGAGCGUCCCAAAUUUCUCUGGCUGAGGUCUUAUCACGCAAUAGACAGAGCUCUUCUGGGGAUACUAUCAAUGUAAGAGUUCCCCUUGCUUUGGAAUCCUUAGCUUCCCAUGCAUCUGUAACUGGAACUGGGGGGGUUGCUGUAAUCACCUCAAACAAACCCUCUUUCCGCAGAAUUGCCUCUGCAUACUGAACCCAGUCGCUGUAAUUUGUCUUGUUGAGCUUAGGAAUCCCACAAGCAUCCUGAAGGGCCAUCAUGACUCUGGCAUUAGCCUUCAGCGUCAUAUCUAUGCUGCUUUAAUUCUUGCUGCGUCACUGCUGCAGCUGCCUUAUCACAAAGGCACACUUAAAAGUUACUUUCGAUUUCCCCAGCAUAGUGACUUGUGCCUGGGAGCCUUUUGCCUUUUCCCGGCAAAACCGGCUUUAAAAGUUCAAAGUCCAGCCAUAAAGCCAUUAUCUUGAAGCUGGCAGGCUGCCCGGAGCAGUAGCACAUACCUCAUCAAUCAUUUCUACGCGCAGAGCAGAUUCCUUUCCGAUCCGUCCCUCUGCAUUCCGAUCCUCUGCCGGCACUCCGAUUCGACCUCUGGAGUCCAUAACCACGUGUUGAUUUAAAGCAGAGUCUCUGGUGCCCAGCGGAAGGAUGAGGAAAAUGUGUUACAUACUCCAUAUUGCUUUAUUUACAGUUCAAAGCUGGUAUAUUACAGAAAGACAUCUUGCCUCUGCAAGAUGCAGAAAAAUGCAUCCUCUCUCCUCAACAGCUCGGAGAGAAACACACAGAGUGAAAAACAGGAAACCAGUGUACGUCACAUCCAGUCUCCCUUUCCCGUGAGAAACUCAACAGUACAGACUGUGGAAUGUAAACACCUGUCUCAUGACAAGCAGUUGCUGCUCAGUGAAGGAAAUAGAAACCAACACUCCCCACCCCACCUCCAACCACAGGGCAGACUUCUUCUACUUUAAGCGGGGAACACAGAAAAAUCUCAUUUUCAUCUAUGUGAUACUGUUAUUGAUACCGUGAUUGCUGUUAUUUCCCAGGUUAUAUUGCAUUCUGGAAUAUAUAUGGCCGUGGGAGCCUUUUUGCUUAUUUCUCUAGUGUAAGUGCUGCUCAUUUUCUGGAAAAAUGUUUUACAUGUUACUAAUUUCCAUUUCUAAGGCCUCUGUAUGUUUUUAUUAGUGCUGUGAGAUUCCUAACAGUUUGGAAACAAACAAAAUAAGAACUAGAUCUUUAAAUAAUUCAUAACUGGAAGUGGCACACAUUCAUUUAGGUUGCAAUCCUAAACACCAGGGCUGGGUAGGUAGUAGUCCUCCAGAUGUUGCUAGACCACAGCUCCCAUCUUUGCAGACCAUUGUCCAUGCUGGAGUCCAGUAACAUCUGGAAUGUCAUAGGUUCCCUAUCCCUGCUAGCUACACUUACUGGGGGAGUAAGCCCCGUUGCAUGCAGUAGGAUUGACUUCUGAGUAAAUAUGCAUAGGAUUGCUCUGUGCAUUAGGGCUUUGCCUGUAUCCUCUUCUGACUUUUCAUAUGAUGGUAGUCUAAGCAUCAAGGUGAACCCAGAGACAGUGCUAGCCCAGGGCAUUUUGCGAUCAGAGACAAAGGACAAGAUGCCACCCUGCUGCUUCCACAUACAGAAGGUAGCUAGACUGAGAGGUGAAUCUCGGUGGUAUCCCUCUCUGAGGGCAACAGGUUACUUUAGGAGAUACAGAGUGUGGGGCAUGCACAACCCUAUCCCCUCCAACAACCCUGUUUGCAUAGCAGAAAACCAUGGAUUGGUAUUACAUUAGAAUCAACCCAGUAUGUAACAUAAUGUGCAAUCAAAAUAAAGAGUAAACAAUAUCCUAUUGAUAGUUGGGCUGGAUCCAUGCAUUUCACAUGUUUGCUUGGCUUAAGGACAACCUUAAAACGUAGGCACUUCUUGCCUGUGUGUGCCGAAAUUGCACUUAAAAUCUCACCACAUGCACCAACUGAAAUGCAAAACUAAUCAUUCACCAAAAGUGACACAAGUAACGAAGUGCUCCUUAGGGUAUAAGGAAGCUUCAAUCCAGCACACCCUUCUAGGCAGGGCUGGGAGUGAGUUCCAUUGAAUUCGGUUGAAUUUAUUUCUGAGAACAUCAUCACAGAAUUAUGCUGUUAGUCCUCCCUCUUGAGAGUAAAAAUAAAAUAAUGCAUCGCUUAAAGGACAUUUCCGCCACAACUUUAGUACUGAAGCUUCUGCAAUCCAGCAUACACGAUAUUUAUUUAUUUAUUCAUUUUUCCUUGCUUGCAGUCAAAAGAGAGAUCCACAGUCAGUUACAUGGCAGUUGAUGACAAGGACUUCCUCUUGUGUGCAGGAGACCAGCUGGGCUUUCUCUAUAUCUGGAACAUUGCAGAAUAUGCCAUUAAUGGCCCAGAAGCCAAGCCACCAGUUUGUAAGAGAAACAUUUUUAUUCAAAACCCAAAUGUUUCAUAUUUGCUCCCAAGUGUACAGUAUGUCCUUACCUUAGUCUCCCCUCCUCCUUCUUUUCAAAUAGUACUUCACAGCUGGAACACUCACAACUGCAGCAUAACCUGGUAAGACACGCUGAGAAACACAAGGCCCCUGCGGAAAGAUUAGGAGCUGGCAAAUCCAUUGGGGACAAGCUCCCUUUACAUACGUCUUAGGCCCCCUUCUCAUGGUGCACUGGUGGUGGCAGGAGGAGCUGCUGCAGUGUAGCUCUUUUGCCUGCAUUGUCUGCUUGGGUAAGAAAGCACAGACCCUGUAGAAGAGCAGUGGGGAGCUGGAUUCAGCCAGUGGAUUGGGUGCUUAUCUCCCCCCCCCCAUCCCCGUGGGCCAACUUUGAAAGGCACACAACAUCACAACAACAUUUGAAAGGCACAUGACACCACAAUGUCAUUAGGUGACUGUUUUUCCCUAGCACCAUGCAGGGUGCCUUGCAAGCCACAACAAUCAGCACUGUGCUUUGCAAGUCCCGAGCAUCAGCUAGUUGUCUGCGCUGGCAAAGUACUGUGUAUGGCACUAUGUACAGGGCUUUGUACAAACCCCCUUUUGGCUCAACUGCGUCUUUAUUUGCCCCACACGUGACAUCAUAUAUGAUGUCGGUUGUUGGGCAUGUGGGUAUGGCUUGGCAUUGAGGAGUUCUACGAGUAUUGCCAUUCUAGCUGUGGAAAAAACUUGAGAAACAAGAUGUUUAAGAGAGUAAGGAAAUUCCGCAGCAGUGCCUAUUUUCAGAGCAGUUGUCAAUAUAACAAACUAAACCCAUUUUCUUUUUCCAAUGGAGUAGCAUCAGCCUUAUGAACGAGCACCAGCUUCUCCUCACUACUUCUUUAGACUGUAAUGCAAAGUUGUGGAGCCUAAAAGGGGAAUAUAUAGGUAAGAUUUAAUUUUAGAUGGAAAUACAUAUACAUUAUUACACACCACUCCAAUCACCCAGCAGUGUGAGAUUCCAGGCGCUUAUCCAGGGUUCAUGUUUCCUUUUGGUAAUGAGGUACAGUGGAAGCUGUGGUUUCUUUGAUAUAUGGUUUAUUUACACAUAUAUACAACUUAAGCCUACAGUGGAGGGGUUCACAGCAUCAACAACCCAAGAGAGUAUUGUUUCCUCCAUAGCAGCAGCCUUGAAUUCAAACAGAAAUCAAACAUCGUGCUCUGUCUUUCUGCUUUUCUUCUCGGUCACAACACAACCAAACUCAACUCUAAACUCUGGCUUUUGGCGUUCUAUCUGUGAGUUGAGGGAGGGGCCCUACCUAUUUGCUGUAUUGCACAGAGCCCCCUUAAUCCUAUGUUCUCUUAAUGGCCCAUCACCCAGGCAACUACCUCAUCACAAAGCUAGCCUGGCUUACAUUUUAACACUUGUUGGACCCAGGAAUAAGGAGGUGUUGCACGCACAAACUGAUAACUACACACACACACUGCAUGAUCUGUCUGCAACCCACAUACCCCGAUCCUGUUUUUGCCACAUCAAACUUUCUCUGAUUGCAUCUGGAACGGAACCAUCACCACUGCAUCAUCACGGAGCAGAAGUCUAUCAAUUGCUACUAACCAUGAUGGCUGCUUCUCCUCCACGGUUGAGGCAGUAAUGCUUUUGCACACGUCGCUGGAAAGCAUAGGGCUGGAGAUUGCUCUUGUGCUCGGGUCUGGCUUGCAGGUCUCCCACAGGCAUGCUCAUAGGUGUCCACUAUGCGAACAGGAUGCUGGUCUAGGUGGGCCAUUGGCCUGAUCUUGCAAGCUCUUGUUAUGUUCUUAUGUGGUUGUUCAUUCCCUAGGACUGUAACAGUGGUUUGGGUUUUUUGAAAGCUUUAUUUUGGGUUGUAUCCAAUCAAGUUAUUCAGUUAGCAGGUCUUCCACCUGCACAAUGGGACUUCUUCUUCCUUUACUCUCCUGUUGUCCUCCCAAAUCUGUCCUGUGGUUUUCUCCAACCCUUUGGAGCAGAUUGGUUGGGGGAGGCAGGGAGCAGAAAUUUCAUUGCACAGGCAGAUGUUUUUAUCUAACAGGGCAACUUGGUUGGAUAUAGUCCUUUGUCUACAUGCAAGUAAAAAUUGAAUAUAUGCAUAACAGAGAAGAUUCUGAGGUAGUCAAGUAUAGCAUUUUAAAGUACCGUAUUUUUUGCACCAUAACACUCACUUUUUUCCUCCUAGAAAGUAAGGGGAAAUGUCUGUGCGUGUUAUGGAGGGAAUGCCUAUGGGUGGCGGGGGGGGGGGAUCUGCUGCAGUCGUGAGCAGAAGAUCCAUGGUUCCCCUUCCUUCCCUCCUCUGUGGCUCGCUUUGAAACAGCAAAGCGGGAGAAGAGCCGCUGCCGGGGAUGAGUGGGGAGGAGGGAGAAAAGCAGAGCCUGCUUGCUUUAAAGGAGCAAAGUGGGAGAGGAGAGGAGCCUUCUCCCCUUAUACCCCUCUUCUGCAUUAUUAGCAGCAUCCUUCUCCACACACCCCACACGUGCUCCUUGUCCCUUGAGUGCUUUUCCUUCCCUCCCCACUUAAAACGUGGUUACAAAGCAUGGAUCCACAUGGAUCCUCAGGAUUUUUGCAUUGGGCUACUCCAAACUCACUGUCAGAUCACAUGUCUGUGGCCACAGCAUGAACCACAAAAAUCAUACAUCCACUGUUUCAUUUAGAAUAUUUUUUUCUUGUUUUCCUCCUCUAAAAACUACGUGCAUGUUAUGGUCGGGUGCGUGUUAUAGAGCGAAAAAUACGGUAACUUUACUUUUUUUAAAAAAAGGUACAUUUGGUCAAAGAGAACCAUGGAACAUAAAAGAGAAGUCAUCAUGGGGACUAUCAGAAUCCAACCCGAGUUCAGAAACUACCUCUGACUCUUUUGGACAAGAAUCUACAAGAACCUUUGACACACUGAAGAAAUCCAAGAUGGAUGCUGAGGUAGGAAUAUUAUCAUCACUGGGCAGUAUUUGAGUUUUAUUUAGAGCAGACACAUUGAAAUUAAUGAGCAUGACUAAGCUAGGUCCAUUAAUUUCAAAAGGUCCACUAUGAUUAAAAAUUAAGGUAGCUGAGUAUCUCCCAUUGUUUUGUCUUUUCAUUAGCAUUUGGCUUCAUUGCCAACUAGCUCCUGUCCCCAAACCAGGUAUAUUAUAUUCCUGAUAAGGAUAACAUUGCAUGUAUCUGAUGAAGUGGCCUGCAGCCCAUGAAAUACUCAACAGUAUACCCCCCAUCCCCAAGCUCAAUAGCUCUUGAGAUGUGAAACUACAUAGCUUUUUCAAUCUGGGCAGAUCUGCAAUUUUUGUAAGUCUCUGAUAAGUAUAAUGAAAAAUAUGAAGAAUCAGAAAAUGGGAUAAAAUUUAAUGUAGUGUUCAUUGAGUACUGUAUUGGUCCUCUGCCUUCUUCUCAGCUCUUUUUAUGGAAAUGAAUGCUUUAUGCCUGCUUGACACGUGGAGGGACUGGAAGACAGCAUAAUUUUCAGAAUAUAUAUAUAUAUUUAAAAACUAUUAUGUUGGCUUAUCCUGGUUUUGCUACUUUUUUUGCCUGCUCCAGCAGCUUCUAGUUCUUUGUAACAAAAUAAAAAUAAAAAGUAAAUUUGAUUUGAAAUUGUCUAAAAAACCCUGUUCUUUUAAUAUACCAAACAUAAUGGCUAAACACAUUAUACACAAUACUUUGUUACUUUCGGAACAAAAAAAUAACAUUUGAUCUGUAAUAUAUGUUUUAUAGAAAGUAAUUUACUACCUUGCAACCAUUUUAUUACCCUUUCUCAGUCCUACUGCUACUAUCACCCUUUGCUUCGAAGCUAAAAUUAUACUGCACAAUUGUGUCACCAACUCACCCCACAAGCUCUUUCUUCCUUCUGGGAAAGCCCUGUAAUUAUAGUUGCUGUUUCACCAAAAACCUUUAUUUUCUGGGAAUCAUUGCCCCCUGUGUACUUUGAGGGCACUUCUCUGCCCAGCCUAAAUGAUUGGUAUGUUAUCCCAUAGAUGAUUUGGGACACUUGCACUUCAAAGAUGGUAACAGAUGAUGAACUUGCUGAAGAAUUGAAGCAAAGGCAGAUAGACAGACUACACAGGUGUGUACAACUUGGAUUUAAAUCCUCUUUAUUCACCGACAACAUACUGGCCCAUACUAGGUUAACUUAACAGAUAUGCGAGUCUUGCAUGGCGUAAUAGAAUGCUGCACUUUAUAAAAGACACAGGACAACUGAAAAUUAAAUUUUGUUGACAGAUGAGUCCAUACUCAAGUGCGCAGUCUGUGAGUUUGAUACAGUAGCAACAUGUAUUUCAAAAAACUGCUUUUUGCAUCUACCAUUCCCUUUGUGUGCCUUGUUAGUAGUUUCCCAGAAAUUAUUGGAAGUGAUCUGCAGACUCCUAGCUAUCCAUAUAAUCUAUUCUCUCCCCAUUCCCUCACCUAAUUUCCCAAAUUUAAGGAAGAAGUCUUAAUUUUGUAUCAUUUGGAAAAGUAUCCUUCUUACAACUACUAGCCAGAAAGAAACCAGCACACCAUUUACCUUUCAGAUCAAAGCAGUUCCAGUGGAAACCUAUUCAACAUGAUGCAAACCAAAUGAAUUCUUAUCGCUCUCUUCCACUGUGUGAGUUAGCCGACACACAGCUUGCCUUCCACAAACCAAAUCUAGCAGCAGAACUUGACGACCCAUUUCAGUUGGAAAUUUAACAGCUUCUUGGACAGGCUGCAGGGCAGAGGCAGCCUUUAAGCAACCAAGCAACUUUUCUCAAAUGUAUGAUGUGUAAAAAGCAAGCAGAAUUUAUAAAGUGUGCUGAUGUGUUUUUUUCUGACCAAAGAACUUUGAUGGCUGUUAAGAGAUCAGUCCUCUUCGUGGACAUUAAUCCCAUUGGUUAGGACAAUUAUUGUAUUACAGUAGCAGAUUAAGCUGAAACUAGUGACAAUAAAAAAGUCUCAGGGGAACAUCACUUCUGGUUCAAGAAGUAGAUUUAAAUAUUUAUUAUAAAUUUUUACACACAAUCUCUGGUAAAUUAGUGUUGCCACUUGGAAAUCAACUGACAUAUUCAUCCAUUUGUGCAUGAUGUCACUAUGAAGGAUUCCAUCCCUUUACAUAUAAACACUUUGCAUACUUAAACACUGCUAUAAGGUUAUUCAAGCUGAACACACUCCUGUCCCAUGGAGACACAUUUACAUAAGAAAACACUUGCUAAAUAUAAAAUGUCUGUAGAACCCUGGCCAUGGCAGCUGAUUGACUUUAGCUUCAGCUUGUUAUGGUGAACUGAUUUCCCCAAUUCACACCUUCAUUUUUCUGUAUCUUGAGGUACGUUUAUGAGAAAACUAAAUGGAGUCACUUUGUAGCUUACAAGAAUUGUACCAUUUUGCUAUUCACAAGUUUAUCCUAACAAAAUAGCAAAUGGUGGUUUUUUUAAUUGGACAAUGCAAUUUAGCAAGCUUCUGUCCUCCUCGUACAUACUAAUUUAAUAUAUUCACAGGAACCCAUUCCAAAUUCCAAACUAUGGAAAUGAAUUUGAAAUUGCAAAGAUCAUUCUUCAUAUGAUUUUACACUUCUGACUUGAACUUGCUAGCUGGCAGCCUUGGGUAUUCUAACUGCUGUUUAAAGUAGCUCUUCUGAAGCAAGGCUGGAAAUAAAACAGUCUUGUUUUGGAACCUUAGGUAUCUCUGUGUGUGUAUUGUGUCUGUGUGCAAGAAAGGAAGAUAGCAGGAAAGUUUCCACUUAUACAGAAAGGUAACUCAAAAAAUGACAACAUUUGUCUGUAGGAUAACAGCUCUGUAGAGAAGCUUGUACUGCGAAUUAUGGCCUAUUAAUCUGCUGAUUCUUGUAAGAUACCUACUUAAAUUAAGUAGCAAUUAGGAAUUAAAAUGGAGUGGGGGUUUAGAUGAAAAAAUUGUGGGAAAUUGCAGUCAAACAUAAUAUGCAUGAUUGCUAGUUACUGCAUGAAUGGGUUAAGAAAAUAGAGCUGUAUUCCCAGACUUGGCUAUGUCACACACCCUCUUCUCUGAUGUGCUAGGAAGCGAAGCCUUCUCUUCCUGUUCUCUCUCUGAUCAAGGAGCAAGCUUAGAGCACGAGUCUGAAGUUUUCAUUCUGUACAUUCUGUCUUCUCCUUGCUGCUCCUUGGAUAAAUGCAUGAAUCUGACUUUUUUGUAAGUAAAGCUUUUUAAACUAACAGUGUGUGGUUUGUUCAUUGCCAGAGGGGUAAAAAGAAAGGAGUGAUGUAUGCAACUAAAUGGGUUAUGAAAAGGGUUUAAUAGCCUAUAUUCCCAUGCUAUAGUGCUGCUUGACUUUUGUGAGUUUAAACUCUGCUACUGGGGGCUCUCUCCUGCUGGAGAGUUCAUUCAGCCCUGCAUUUUGAAUCCAGGCACCCAGCCGAUUCUUUUAUUCAUAGCCCCCCAAGGAUUCAUACCCCCCCCCCAAAUUAGUAUCAAGGCCUGCAUUCCAACUCAGUUAAAUAAAUACCUAUAAUUAAAUUGUAGCCAAUUUAAAAUUACACCAAAUUUAAGUGAGAAACUAGCUGCUUAAAUCAGGCAUAGGCAAACUCCGGCCCUCCAGAUGUCUGGGACUACAACUCCCAUCAUCCUUGAUUUAAAUGGUGGGUUCCAUUUUUUUGAGGUAAGGGCCAUGGAAGAUGAAGGAAUAACCAGUUAACAUGAGCAGGCAUCAAUGCAGAAGGACAUGACAUAUGGAGUGAAAUUAUAAUUCCUGAUGAUUCUAAACAGGUUCAAGAAAAUAAUCUGAUGCAUUCCAGUAAAACUGGCCAAGACUUAUGGGCUACUGUUUUAUAGACAAGUGUGGGUGGGUGGCAUGACUAUGAAUAAUGAAUCUAUAAAACUAUAAUUACUGGUGCUAGGUGGAGAUGAAAAUAGGAGCUGAACAAAAGCAGGCAGUGUACCACUAAUUUGCUGUUGUGAGAUAAGAGAUAACUCAUGCAUAUAAACAACUGGGGGAGUAAAACAAAGUUGCUAAUUAAUUUUUUCCCCAUCACUCAUGUUCAAUAUCAUCCACGACCAGAAGUGGGCAGAAAGUAGACAGGAGGAAAAAAAGCAGACUAUGCAAAACUGCUCAAUCUGCCUUCCUGAUAUUCACUAAGCACUUUGCUCAUGUGUUUUUCAUUCUCAGUAGCAUGCAAAUACCCCAUCCCAGACACAUUUAACUACACUAACAUACUGAUAAAUCUACUGGAGUCACAAUGAACCACAGGAACAUGAUGGGGAAGAAAUUCAUCUCAGACACAAGGCACUAUCCUCUAUUAAGCCUAAACUGGAGAGGCCAAAUCCAUUCUUAAAUAAUGUUUUAAGAAGAUACUUAGCUCUACUGGUUAUGUGAUACUGUGCCUCAUGAGUUCUAGCACCAGGUGACAUACCAUUGUGACUUAGGGUACAUACUGUAUCAAUCAGUCCAUGGUCUAGUAUAUUAACUCGUAAAAUGUACUUUAAAAUUACUCAAAAUGCUAAACGUAAGCCAAACGUAUGAACAGUGCUUUCGUUACAUAGAAACAGAAAGGUGUAUAAAGCUAAACCCAUGCCGUAAAAUGUAAACAGAUGCAUUGAAAAAUCUAGCAUUUCUAUCCCAAAAAGAAAGAGUCCACGUUCACAAAGAGGCUUUACAUAUAUAUCACACUUUAAUAGGCUGAUUUUGAUUUAGCAGCUUCCCCUGCAAAGCACUCAAGCUACUUUGAAGAUAAAGUGUGGAAAAGUGUGGAAAACCCCUGGGAGGCCAGCUUAGAAACUUUUUGAAUGAAUUCUGGGCAAACUCCAUAUGCCUACACUGCUAGAUUAAUACAAACAAGGUUCCAUCUUUGUACCAUUUCAUUAAGGGAAUAUUUUUCUGCAACAAAUCAAGGGAUAAAGAACAAUUGCAAAAGUGUACAACCUCCUUUCCCAUCUGAGCAACAUUUCCUUAAAUAAUUUGGUGGGAACCAUGCUUCAUCCCUGAAGAUAAGAGCAGGGGGUUUCUAAUGCUGUAACAGACCUUUCUUUUCUGCCAUACUUUUCCACAUCGAUAUUCUAGCUUGGACAUUUUAUACACAGCUCUCUGUAACCAAUAAUCACUUUAGUAUCCAGAAUUCAUUUGUUUAGAGUAAGUCAUUACGAAGUCAGCGUGACGUACCAGAAGCUGAAUUCAGAAUAUGCUUGAAUAUGCACAUGAAAAGUUUACCUCACACUGAAGCUGCUGGAAGUCAAAGGAAUUGUCUCAUCCCAUGAAUGCCUGUGCUAAAUUGACUGCAAGGACAUCACUAGUUCCACAUAUAAGAGAAAAAUACAGGUCAAAAGAAUGUAGCAAAAUUGCAUAAUCCAUUAUCCUAGGUAUUGGUCAUAAAAACAGUAAUUGGCUGCUUAUCUGUGAUUUGACUUCCUUUGGGUUAUCUAUCAAACACUGUAAAAUUGGGUUAUGCUCCACUGGUAUCAUAAGACAGACUUAUGGAGGGGCAAAUAGGAGAAAGUGACUCCUAAUCCCUCCCAAUAAAGCAGGCUUCCAAGUACCUACCAGUGUACAAAGCCUAACACAAUAAUAAGUUUAAUUCUUCCCUUCACAUUUUUUUAAAAAACAAGCAUUUUAUCUAGCUGGCAGAUUGGCAUAAAACGGGGUAAGCACUAAGUUUUCUGCAAGCAUCUCUUGGCAAGGAGGUAGGAAAUCCACUACAGACCCAAGCUCAAGAAAGGAUCCUGAUCCAUGGAAGACUGAAUACUGAAUGACCCCAGUCUUCUUCUCCCACCCAAUCCCGUUUAUUAUUCAAUAACAAUGUCUUGAAAGAUAGAAUCCACAAUUGCCCCUAAAUGUUGAGUAAUUUCAACUGGCUUCUUCCAGUUGACAAGGAAUUCCACUUGCAUGAGCUCUUGUUAUCGGGGACAAAGAGAAAACAUCUGCACCACUCAUUAUUAAGAUGGCAGUAGAUGAAUUAGUUUGCUGAGGCAUCUGAAAGGGGUGUGGUACACUUGGGUGCUAAAGCCUCCUCACUGUACUCAGUAAAUCUUAAGAGUGUUUAAAACAAGCAAACAAAACCCCCUUUCCUUGCAUUGUUCUGGUACUUCUAAACAGACCAGAUGAAGAUCUCUGUUAUUCACCAUCCUGUUUCACAGCCAUCCCAAAAUCAACCUAUUGGUGUGAAAGUUGCAGAAAGGAGUGUACAAGAAAGCUAGGAUUCCACAUGUCCAACCUCAUGGUCCCAAGGGAAGAUCAGAAAAUGGCUUAAGCAGCAACAUAGCCUUCUUUCUACCCUGAAGAAAGAUGGUUAAAAGCCUGAAAAAUGAAGUCCAGUACAGGAAUGUCUGGUAAAGUCAACCGAAGUCAAAGCCUCAGAAAAAACCUGUCAAAUCCUGGACAGAGAAUUUUGAUAGCAUUCCAAAAGGGCCUCUUUUUUGUGAAGUCUGCCUAUCAUCCUGCAAUCACUUUGGAUUAGUACCACAGAAACCCUAGAGAAUGCUAAAACAUUUAGUAACAUUAUGGAGAUAUUGUACAUUGCACAACUAAAAGAAAUUCUGCCUACAAUAUUCACUAAUCUGUUAAAAUCUGAGAUGUGGAGAAAAAUACAAAACAGAGUGGAGAACUUUCCUGCAUGGAACCUGGUGCACAAAAAACUGUAAGAAAUGACUGAAUAACUUGAAAAAUACUGUAAUAGAACUUGCA